AUGGCUACUUUUGAUCGGGGAAAGCAACGGCUCUUCUUUUCCCUUGCUAUUGUCGGCGUCGUCAUUCUCCUGGUCAAUCUUUUCUUGCUCGCAGGCACCGAUGUGCCCUCCACAAUAAAGAAGAUCUCCAUACCCUACAAAGACAAGAGCGGUCAAGACACUCCUCCAGAUCCCAAUUACUCACUGGUUACGCAGCUUCCCAAACUGCCCUCAUGGCACCACGACAACAGCGAUACUUUUGAAGAGCUCGUCGGUAUCGAUGACCAGCAUCCCAUUUCCGAGCUUAUGAAGAAGGGCGACGAGGCAUGGAAUCAAUAUGAAGAGUCGAGGUCAAUGACUUUCGGCGAGACAGUCCGCAAGUACAGAAAGACCUAUGGAAGACAUCCUCCACCUGGGUUUCGCGAAUGGUACAAAUUCGCACGAGAAAGGGCCGUUCAUAAUGUCGACGAUUUUACGCAAAUCAUGGACGACCUACGGCCUUUCUGGGGAGUCGAGCCAGCUGAGAUCCGAUCGCUGGCUGCACAUAUGCAUGAGAACGACGGGGAUGGGGUCUCAGGUCUUCACAUUCGAGAUGGAAAAGUCUGGAAGCUUUCGAAUUUGGGGUGGCGCAUAGAAACAAUGGCUAAGAUGGUGGAGCCAUUCGUCAAAAAACUGCCAGAUAUGGAUAUUGCGAUGAACAGGCUAGACCAGCCAAGAGUGGUCGUGCCGUGGGACGAUAUGCAAAAGCUCCUUGCUGCAGAGGAAAAGACUAGGCGCGUAGCCCCUGAUGCUCUCGCAGAAUGGUCGACAAACAUGACUGGCUUUUGGAAGGAUCAAGAUCCGGCCCCAAGCUUCACGGAUGCGCAGUGGUUUCGAGCUCCUGGUUCGCAAUACAUGAAUAUUGCAAAAGAAGGAUGCCCACCUGAGUCCCAUGCUAGAGAUGGGAACUCAUCUGUAGAAUCAGCCGAGGCCACUUACAAAAUCCAGCAAGGAGGCUUUGUUACGAACUUCAAUCUCUCGUCUGAUCUCUGCACUAUUGGUCCUGAAAUCCAGGACAAACACGGCUUCCUCUAUGCUUCGAGUUCGAUAGUCGCAAGCAAGCGCCUUCUCCCCAUCUUCGGGGAGUGUAAAGUCAAUGUCAAUAACGAUAUACUAUUUCCAGCAAAUAUGUACUAUAAGGAUGAUGACCGCUACGAAUAUGACCCCAAGUUCGACUAUGACUGGGACGACAAGCACGAUAGGAUGAUUUGGAGAGGGGUCACAUCAGGUGGGACGAAUACCGUCGAGACCUAUAAAAACAUGCACCGCCAUCGGCUGGUUCUGCUCAGCAAUGGAACUGUCAUGGGAGACGAGAAAGUUCGGAUCAUGACCCAGGAUACCAACAAACCGGGAGUCUACAACAAUUAUGAUGAUUUUGGUCCUGGUGAAUUCGCGUUGAAGCACACCGACGUGGGAUUUACAGAAGCUGCUUCCUGUGUUCCGGAUUGUCACUUCUACGACGAUGUCUUCUCCUUCAAGAACAUAACGACUUUGGGCGAGCAGUUCGAAUCGAAGUUUCUUGUGGAUGUCGAUGGACACUCAUUCUCCGGAAGGUGGCAUGCUUUUCUACAAAGCAAAAGUCUAGGUAUUAAGGCUACCAUCUUUAGAGAGUGGCACGACUCUCGACUUUUCGCGUGGAGGCACUUUGUGCCUCUGGACAAUCGGUAUGAUGAACUCUAUAGUAUUCUGACAUAUUUUAUUGGUCUUGGAAAGCCUGGAGAGCCAAAUAAACCUUAUAUCCAACGGCAUUCUUUCGAGGGCCGGAAGCUGGGACGUCAAGGAAAGGAAUGGGCAACAAAAGUGCUCAGGAAAGAAGAUAUCGAGAUUUAUAUGUAUCGCUUACUCCUUGAGUAUGCACGACUCAUCGACGAUAAUCGAGACAUGAUUGGCUACUCCGGAGACGGCAGUGAGCUAGACAAAUACGACGCGAAGAAUCCUAUGAGUGUGGCAAACGGCGGUCAUGCAUGA